AUGGAUCUCACGUCCUUAUGCCAAUCCUUGUCUUUAUCUGAUGAUGAAGAGUUUGAUGUGUGUGAUCUGGGUACUAUUGCAAGGGAAGCAGGAGUACAAAAAGUUGUUAACUCCUUGUUUGGGAAAGUUCUCUCGACAAAAAGAGUUAGCAGAGAAGGCUUUAUCUCUACCAUGAGUUUUGUAUGGCGUACUAAGGAACCUAUGGUGGUGGAGAUGAUUGGAAUUAAUCAGUUUGUUAUCCAUUUCGGGUCGAUGGAGGACAAAAUAAGGGUGUUAGGAGGAGGACCAUGGAAUUUGGAAGAUUGGUUGAUUGCGCUUGAAAAUCCGAGCGGUCUGGGAGAUCAUAAUGAUGCUAAAUUUGAUACAAUACCCUUUUGGGUGCAGAUUCACAACCUGUCAUUGUUAUGUCAAAAUAGAGAAGCCGGAAGAUCCCUAGGAGCACAGAUUGGAUCUGUAGAGGAAGUCGAUCCAGGUGCUUCUGAAGAUUGUUUGGGUAAAUUCAUUAGGGUUCGGGUGAAGGUGGAUAUCACUAAGCCUCUGAAGAAAGGAUUAAGAGUCAAAGUUGAUGAUACAGGGAACACUGUGAUAGCGCUGCUAAGAUACGAGAGGCUGCCUAGCCUUUGUUUUAACUGUGGUAUUGUUGGGCACCCCAUUCUGGAGUGUCAAAAAGCUAAACAUGGAAAUACCAAUGCUUAUAAGUUUAAUGAGUUCAUUAUCGCGGGUCCAAUUCAGCGAUUCAAUAAUCAUAAUAAUAAAAGGUAUCGUACAUGUGUGGAUGGAGAAAUAAAGGAAAACACUGGUAUGAAGAACCAAGUGAUUAUGCCAUUGGUGAAGAAAACUCAAACAUUGCAGCCAUUGAAGAUGAAGGAAGUUGACCAGAAUAUGAUAAGGGAAAUAGGAGGAUCUUCAGGAGAAAAAAGAGGAAGUAUUGAUUCUCCUUUGACAAAAGAAAGCAAUAAGAUAAGGAAAGAUCAGAUUUGUGAUUUGAAUUCACAAAAUGGAAGGUUCCUAAUGGGAGCUAAAUUAGUGGAGAUAACGGUUGAUAAGGAAACGGAAGAUAUGGGUGCUAAUUUAUUGGCUCGUAUUAGAGGCAAAGAGAAAAGAGAUGAUGAGCCGAAGUUUGGGCCGAAUCAUAAAGUUUCUGGAAAGAUACCUUUGAAGGACAUUUCUAAUGUCUUUGCGAAGGAAAUAAUUGAAGCUCCAUUAUUAAAGGGGCAGCAAAAGGAUGAAGUUUUGGGGGAAGAUCUGGUUGGAUUAUCUUCGGAGGCAGACUAUUUAAUUGGAGAGGGUACAGAUGGAACGGUGGCGCCUGGGGGUAAAAAUUCUAACUAUGUACCAGCGGCGGUCUCUGCUAGGCAAGACUGCCGAGAUCUAUGA